AUGCGCAGGCGGAAUUCGGCCCCAGCUCAACUUCCUGCGAAGCAUGGAGGGCAUGAUGCGGACGGACUAGAAGCAGAAAAUAGUGAAGACACUAUCCGUCCCCAUCCUGGAGGGCUUCAGCCCGACGUUGUACUCCCACGUGAUGGACUACGAGAAGAUGGAAUGGAUCGUUCCACUGUGUCUGAUCUUACACAGGAGAGUCCCCUUCUACGAGGGCCAUACCAGUAUCAGCCUCUACAGGCGGAAGCGCGCGAGAUCAGACUAAUGACGCUACUUCCUGGCUCGAUCGAAUCAGAUAUUCGAAUAACGCUGAAGCCGGUCACAUUUACCAACGAAUCUGUUGUUUCCUUUGAAGCACUCUCAUACACCUGGGGCUCGGCAGAAAGUCCUGUCGAUAUAUUCAUCGGUGAAUUCGGCUACGCCACCUUGUCUGUUACUCGGAAUCUCGCCGAUGCCUUACCGUAUUUGAGAUAUCCUGAUAAGCCACGAGUCCUCUGGAUCGACGCCAUCUGUGUGAACCAGCAGGAUGUGGAUGAACGCAGCAGCCAAGUGAAGCGCAUGGCGAGUAUCUAUUCUCAUGCUACGAGGGUGCUCAUUUGGCUGGGACCUCAGUCAACCGACAGUGAUAUAGCGAUCGAUAGCUUAGAGCGGAUUGCCUCAAAGUACCACGUCAACUGGAUGACAUGGGAGAUCGAACCCAUCGACAAAGAUGGGAGUUGGUGGGCCACCCCAGAAGAGAUGCUACCGCUUUCGGAUGUGCAGUUCUGGUCGAUUCUCAACCUCAUCAGUCGUGACUGGUUUGAGCGUCUCUGGAUAUUGCAGGAGGCUCACUUGGCGAACAAAGACGCUUUGGUUGUCUGUGGAAAGGAUACUAUGCUCUGGAACAGUGUUCGGAAAGCAAUGUUCUGUAUUCGGAAGAAGCCUUAUCCAUCGUAUAUCUACGCUGAGUUCUCUGAACGACUAGGUCAUAUCCUUGGUGUUUUCUUGGAAAAGGAUGUCUACCGCUUCUGUGCUCUGAUCGACGAUACGAGAUUCUGUAAAUACACUGAUCCGCGGGAUAGGGUGUACGGGAUUCUUGGAUUGCUCGACGAGAAGCAUCAGCUCGGAAUCGAGCCAGACUAUACGAAGACUGUUUGCGAAGUGUACAAAGAUGCUGCCUGGAAGCACGUCGAGUCCACGGACACUCUCGAAAUACUGUGCAAAGUUGAGUUUCACAACACGGAAGGGCUGCCAUCAUGGGCACCAGAUUUGAGGAAACCCCGAAAAGCCAUACCAUUCUCACUUUGCAACACCUCUGGUCACUCAUUAGCAGACCACUGCGAUGGGCCUGAUGGCCUGCUACGAGUGCAAGGAAUACCAGUCUCCCGAAUCUCCCGAAUCGAGCCCUUCAACUUCGCCGAAUUCGAAACAGACGGAUUAUCCGUCAUCCCCAAACUACGACUCGUUGCCAACAAGCUAGGCCUCCUCGACAAUCUUCUCACCUGCCUGAAAGCCAUCCCAGCACUCUGCGAAGUCCUUUGCGCAAACGACUUCACCUGCAGGAGACUACCCAGACGAGAUGGCAGUUUGGACUUGCUCACUACAGAACAGCUACUUCGACGGAUCCUAGGCUCAAAACAAGAUAUGCGAGAGGCGUACAGGAAUGAACGAUUCUUCGCAAAAGUCCAAACUCAUUGCUACGGUCGAGCUCUCUUCAUCACGGAAGAUGGCCAUCUCGGACUCGCUCCUGAAGCUACCCGGCCAGGGGAUCUCGUCACCGUCCUCCUAGGCUGCGAUAGCGCUAUGGUUCUUCGGCCUGUUACCUCUCCCCAAUUUCCCCCCUCGUCUCCUCCUCCUUCUUCACCAAGGCACCAACACCAAAGCCAAUACAAAGUCAUCGGCGAAUCCUACACCCACGCCCACAUGAACGCCGAAGCCAUCCUCGGACCCCUCCCAGGCCUCUUCGACGCCAUCAAAGCCUAUACACCCAACCGGGGCUUCACCACUCAAUAUCUCGAUCGUGAGACUGGCGAGAUUGUUGCUGAGGAUCCGAGGUUGGGUGAGUUGCCGGGGGUGUGGAAGAGGGCUGGUUUUGCUGGUGAUCCUGAUGGUGCGAAGGGUGAGGGGGAGGGGGAAGGGGAAGGAGAUGUCCCGAUGUAUGUUAAUGGUGAGACGGGGAGGAGGACGGGGAAUGAUCCGAGGAUGGGGGCGGGGUGGUUGUUAGGGAGGGGGGUGGGGUUGGAGGUUUUUGAUUUGGUUUGAGGAGGGUGAGGGUGAUGAUGUGUUUGGAUCUGGUGAGAUGGCGGGUUUGUGGAUAAGGAAUUUGUGGAUUGUGAGGAAGGAGGGAGGAGGAAGCAAGAGGUGGGAAGGUGGAAAGUCCGUCUGAGCUUGGUAUUUAUAGAGCGGUGUAUGUCGCGCUGUAGGGCUGCUAGAAUGUAAAUAAACUCAUCCUCUAUGACUGCGUUAGAGCCAUAAGGUCUCGAAUCUGCCAGACUUGCAUCCGGCGCAUAGGUGGGCGUCCCUUCGGUAUGGGCGUCGCUUUGGUACUGAUAAGUAAUAGAUAGGGAGGUACAAUGGAACCAAUUGUAGGGGACUGCA